AUGGCGGAAAACGAAUUGAAAAAAGGGGAGACUUGUGAACUGCGGGAGUUCGUUCAGUCGACGAAUACCCUCAAUGCUGCUACCGAUGUGGACGAUGAAAGCUUUCGUCGUCAUUCUCGCAGCCUCGUCCGAAAGCUGGACUGCACAAUGAUGCCGUGUAUCUGGAUCUUGUACAUGUUUAACUAUUUAGAUCGAAACAACAUCAGCCAAGCAAAGCUCGGCGGUUUCGAGAAGGAUCUGGGAAUGCACGAUGACCAGUUCAACACCGCAAUCUCCAUUCUCAAUGUUGGAUACGUCCUCAUGCAGCUACCGAGUAAUAUGAUCCUCACUCGAGUCCGGCCUUCACUGUACUUGCCAUUCUGGGUCUGCAUCUGGUCGGUAUUGUCAGGCUGUACCGCCGCAGCGCGAAAUUUCGACGACCUGAUAGCGAUACGUUUCCUGCUUGGCAUUGCAGAAGCGCCCUUCUUUCCAGGGGUAGUAUUCCUUCUUUCCUCGUGGUACACGAAAAGAGAGCUUGCGUUCCGAACAUCGAUUCUUUACUCUGGACUUAUUCUCGCAACAGCCUUCUCCGGUCUCAUUGCCGCUGGUGUGUUUGCGAACUUGGACGGCUCCCUAGGGAUCGCCGGUUGGCGUUGGCUGUUCAUCAUCGAGAGCUCGAUGAGCUUCUUCUUCGGACUACUCGCAGUCUUUCUCCUGCCCGACUUUCCAGAUAAAGCUUCUGGUCUGGGUAAAUGGCUCUUCACAGAGGAGGAGAAACGCGUAGCUGUACUGCGUCUCCAGCGAGACCGAGUGUCUGCGCCCGAAGAGUCCCACUCGUUGUGGUACGGUCUGAAGCUUGCGGUUAUUGACUACAGAAUGUGGAUCUUUGUCCUGAUGUUGACUGCCAAUCACUCCGCAUACGGCUUCAACUAUUUCUAUCCCACCAUCGUGAAGGGUUUCAAUCUCGGCUCAACGACCCUCACUCUCGUACUCACGGCACCACCAUAUAUCUUGGCUACCUUCGUAGCAUAUGGGGUGGCUUUGUCAAGCGACAAAUUCCAAGAAAGAGGCUGGCACAUAUCCAUACCGAUGUUAGUCGCGGUGGUUGGCUUCAUCAUAUCGGUCGCCACACUCAACAUCGCGGUGCGGUAUUUCGCGUCGUUUCUCUUCAUCGGUGGUACCUUCUCCACCAAUGCCACUCUGGGCAACAUCUGGAGUCCAUAUUUCUUCCGCGCUCAGGACGCUCCAAGAUACGUACUUGCUAUGAUUCUGAUGAUGGCAUUCGCGGUACUGAGCGUUAUGACUUGCAUGGUCAUGAAAUGGUCCCUUCGCCGAGCGAACGCGAAGGUGCUGGUCGAGCAUGAGGGACGUGAGGAAAGACCAACUCUAUUCACUUUGUAG